AUGUCUACCCAAUCUGUUCAAACUUUUGGUAAGAAGAAGUCCGCUACUGCCGUUGCCCACGUUAAGGCCGGUAAGGGUUUGAUCAAGGUCAAUGGUUCCCCAAUCACCUUGGUUCAACCUGAAAUCUUGAGAUUUAAAGUGUACGAACCAUUGGUCUUGGUUGGUUUAGACAAGUUCCAAAGCAUUGACAUCAGAGUUAAGGUCACCGGUGGUGGUCACGUUUCUCAAGUCUACGCUAUCAGACAAGCUAUUGCUAAGGGUUUGAUUGCUUACCACCAAAAGUUUGUUGACGAAGCUUCUAAGAACGAAUUGAAGAAGAUCUUUGCUUCUUACGACAAGACCUUGUUGGUCGCUGACUCCAGAAGAAUGGAACCAAAGAAGUUUGGUGGUCGUGGUGCCAGAGCCAGAUUCCAAAAGUCUUACCGUUAA